GGAAGGGCGGGAAAAGAAAAAGGUGGGAGGAGAGCCAGGUGGGAGGGUGGCGACUCACUCAGGACCCAGUGGGGGCAGCGCGAUGAGGCGGGUGACCCUGUUCCUUAACGGCAGCCCCAAGAAUGGAAAGGUGGUCGCUGUAUAUGGAACUUUAUCUGAUUUGCUUUCUGUGGCCAGCAAUAAACUCGGCAUAAAAGCCACCAGUGUGUAUAAUGGGAAAGGUGGACUGAUUGAUGAUAUUGCUUUGAUCAGGGAUGAUGAUGUUUUGUUUGUGUGUGAAGGAGAACCAUUUAUUGACCCUCAGACAGAUUCUAAAGUACCGGAAGUGUUGUCAGGAUCUCACACAGACUGGCUAACAUUAAAUGUUGGAGGGCGGUACUUUACAACCACACGGAGCACUUUAGUGAAUAAAGAACCUGACAGUAUGCUGGCCCACAUGUUUAAGGACAAAGGUGUGUGGGGAAAUAAGCAAGAUCAUAGAGGAGCUUUCUUAAUUGACCGAAGUCCUGAGUACUUUGAACCCAUUUUGAACUACUUGCGUCACGGACAGCUCAUUGUAAACGAUGGGAUUAAUUUGUUGGUUUGCCAGUGUGCAAAUCUCCAGGGAGUCAAGAUGCUCUGUUCUAAUGCAGAAGGAGCAUCCCUGAAACUGUGCAAUUUUGAAGAUCCUUCUGGUCUUAAAGCCAAUUUAGAAGGUGCUAAUCUGAAAGGUGUGGAUAUGGAAGGAAGUCAAAUGACAGGAAUUAACCUGAGAGUUGCUACCUUAAAAAAUGCAAAGUUGAAGAACUGUAACCUCAGAGGAGCGACUCUGGCAGGAACUGAUUUGGAGAACUGCGACCUGUCUGGGUGUGACCUUCAAGAAGCCAACCUGAGGGGUUCCAACGUGAAGGGCGCCAUCUUUGAAGAGAUGCUGACACCACUACAUAUGUCACAAAGCGUCAGAUGAGAAUCCUAGGGUUGGAGGAAGAUGCCGAAGAUGAGAGAUGUUCUCCUUAUCACUUUUCUUUCUCCACCCACUCAGCUGUCUGGAAGAAAUAACACUGGAAGGAAAUUAAAAAAAAAAAAACACAUGUAGAGGAUUAUGCUUGUUCUCAGAGGUGCAUAAGGG